UUAGUAAACAAUACUUCAUUACUAUAAUUUCAGGCACAACAAAAACAGAUUUUAAAUAUAACUAAAACACUUAUUAAAUUAUGGGACGCUUCGCGCCUUUACUGAUUCCCAGAAGCGAAUGGGAGAGAAUUAAAAAUCAAGCAAAUCCAGAAACGGAACAUAAAAGACCUUGUCAUAUAGACAUUGAAGCUAUGAACGCACAGUCCCGAAAAUGGACCGACACCUGGCCAGAUUCGUCACAGUCACAGAGCAAAGUCAAAAAAGUGACCAUGAAGAACAAGAAAGCUCGGUUGGAAGAAAUGGUGGAACUCGAAGCUUUCUAUAAGAAGGAGAAACGCGAUAAUGUAGCUAAAAACUUGAGAAGAGCUAGGAAUAUGAUUUUUGAAAGAACUGGUUACGGUAGGGAAUUGUUAAGUGCUCUUGUAGAAUCAAAAACUUUGGAGGAACGAGACCUACAAAUACAAUUCAAUAAAGACAUACAAGAAAAGGAAAAGAGGAUAGAAGAGGCCAAAUCAAAAGUAGACAAUAUUAUGUACGCUGAAUUUGAAAAACGAGAGAGCGAUAGAGUUCUUAAGAAAAGGAUAGAAAGAGAAAAUGCAGAAUGCAAUAAAAUGAUAGCAGAAAUGAAAAAGGAAGACGCUUACAGAACUGCUGAAACGGAGAAAAAUAAUCGUCAAGAAGAUGAACUAUUCAUAGAAAAGUUUCGUCAGUUACCAAUUGCAGAGGAGAAACACGAACAUUGCCUUGACAAGGAAGCCGAAAAAAUGUAUGAAGAGCAAAACAAAGCCAUCCAAGCCUGGAGAGAGAAAAGAGAGGCUCAGGAUCAAGUGCUAGCCGACUUGUGGUGCAAGCACCAAGACAGGAUCCGGCGAAAGGAGAAACAACUCUUCGACCAAAUGUAUAAAGAAAAACACGACACCGGACACUUUAAAGUAAAUUAUGACUUGGUGCAUCGCCUCCAGGAAGAAGAAGAGAAAAAAUACAACGAUUUUGUUGAUAAAGGAGUAAAGAAGUUAGAAAAACGAUUGCAAAAGAGGGAAAAGGAAGAACAACUCAAAAGAGACCAACUACGUAGUAUGAAAACUUCUCAAGCUCAAAGCUCGGAGCUGCCUAAUCAGCAGAAGUGUGAAGAGUAUCAGCGGAAAAUUUGCGUCGAUAAACUGAGCUUCUUUCCCACGAGACGUGGGAAACUUGACUCUAAACCAGGUUCACUCAAAGAAUCCGGCCUUCCCCCGCCCCACCCGCCGCGAGCGCAGUUCCUCUUGCCAUCUCCCGCACUACAAGACGCGCUGAACGCCACGCAACGCCGAGCCCGGCCGGGCGGCUGGUCGGGGACAGAGGCGGCGCAUGAGCAAUUUGCUCGGCACGCCGCCGCCGCGCUAAACGAAGCUGCGUAUAAGCGCCCAAUACAGAAAGUCAUUCAGAGUUACUGCAAAAUGAAUAAUGUAAAGGAGCUACAAAUUCCAAAUCUUUGAAUAGCUUUAUGUAUAUAUUUUAAUGGAUAUAAAAUAAAAUAAAAUUUCGACAAUCAUUAUACUACAUUUAUUUCAUGCUACAAUUGUUUACUAUAUACAAUACAAUAACCUGUUGUUACA